AGCGAAUCCAGGUCCAGUGACUCCGCUGAUCCAGUGCUCCGGGCUUUGGUUGCAUUGUACCUAACAGCCAUUUAGCCCCCACUGUGCUGUUUUUCUGUCUGUUGCUGUCCGUGUGUCUGUUAACGGGAGGGGGGGGGAUACCGUUGACCUGGAAACUCUGGGAAUAUCACAUCCACUCAUGGAAUACCUCGGAUAAGUUUUAUGUCCAUCCAGGCUCGAGAACUGACUCCAAAAUGUCGGUGUUUCCCGCUGCUUUCCAGUUUUCUCCCCGGGAUGUGACCGUGUGAUGGCUGCGGUCCAGUGAACUGGGAGCACGUUGACUGGCUUGCCUGUUCUAUCCACCAGUUUUUGGGAGCUUGUCUUAACUGUUUUUACUGGGAUUAUCGGAACCUAUGGAGUGUACAUGAACGUUGGUCGGAUAGGGAUUUCAAACGGGGUUUCGUGAGCGUGACUCCGCUGACGACAACCGCGAUACCGUUUAGCCGGAGCUGUGGGGGACCCUGCAGCUGUUUACUGAGGCGAUGUGGGGAGCUGGGCGGCGGCGCUGGGCCCAGCCCUGAGGAGGCGUCCCGCGGCUGGGAGGAGCCCCGCGGCCCCUCCUCUGGCCCCCCCGCAGCGCUCCGGGACGAUCCUACUAAGAUGUCCCUCAGCAGCGGCCCUGCAGGCGGGAAAGGUGUGGACUCCAACGCGGUGGAGGCGUACGACAGCGGCGAUGAGUGGGAUAUCGGCGUCGGCAAUCUGAUCAUCGACCUGGACGCCGACCUGGAGAAGGACAAGCUAGAGAUGUCGAGCAGCAAGGAGGGAGGGGGCAUGGCCGCCCCCCCCGGCGCCGUGGCCGCGCUACCGGACAAUAUAAAGUUCGUGAGCCCCGUGGUCGCCGCGCAGGGCAAGGAGAGCAAAUCCAAAUCCAAACGCAGUAAAAACUCUAAGGAGAGCGCCAAGGCCCCGACGCUGUCAGACGGCGCCAAGAAGGAGGUUCAGCCGACCCAGAACCCAAAUUCUACCCCCGCCAAGGGCGCCGACAAGUCCGGUAAACCCUCCCGUACCCUCCCGGCCGUGAAAAAGGACAAGGACGGCUCGUCGGGGAAAACUAAGAAGGAGAAAACGGAGGUUGUUCUGGCGACCGGAGCGGCGAGCGGCGCCGAGAAAGAGCCCGCGGCCGCCGUCCCUCGGAGCGGCCCCUUCGAGGGCCAACAGGACCCCGAGUCGGCCGCGGCGGCCGAGCAGCUCGGGAACGUCGCGGCGCCGCUGCCGGACCCGGCCGGGGUCGGACAGCACGUCGCCAUGGCGACGGAGCAAGAGGAGGCGGACGACGGCGAAUGCCGAAAUCUGAAGAAGGCGCUCACCGCGAAGAUGGAUGCCAGCUGGCUUAAGUCUCGCCAGUCGCUCUGCAGCAGCGAUGAGGGGAGUCAUGGAGCAGCCAGAGUCAGCCGCGGUGUGGACAGGUCAUUAAUGGUGGAGAUGAUUUAUGAAGAGAAGAUGGCAAAUCGGAGAUACUUCCAGGUCCAAAGUGUGACAGCGUUCGCUGGAGUCCAGAACCGAGCUUCUCAGAGAGAACUGUCUGACACCGCCAAGAACUGUCCGUCCCGCCCUGAACUGUCUGACCCCGCCCUGAACUGUCUGACCCGCCAAGAACUGUCUGACCCCGCCCUGAACUGUCCGACCGGCCCGGCUCCACAACAGCAGCAGCUGCUCCUCAGUGCGUCACGACAGCAUCUCAACGUGUCUCCACCCGCAAGGUCCUCUUUGUCCAUGAGCCCAGCACCCCGGUACCAUCUGGAACUAGCAGGACCAGCAGGACCAGCAGGACCAGUAGAUUUGAAUCCUCUCCGAGUCUCGGCAGUCCAGCCAGGGGCGGGGGAACAGGCGGCUGGAGGACCGGGCGGAGAAAUCCAACGCACACAAACACCAUUGAACUGA